CGCUGAUGUGACCACUUUUUUGAGUUACCGGUAAAGUAACUGUGAUUAAUCAUGUUACUGGAAACUCGGUGACAUACUGAUGAUGUAUUGAUAUUACAUUACAGUGUCUUUAUGUAAUGCGAUAAAUCAAUAUUUUACAAUUACACGCCUAUAACUUAUUUUUAAAGGAGACAUUCAAUGGCAUCUAUUAAAUCUACUUCUCAGGAGUCUUUUGAUUAAGACAAGACAUUGACUUUGUGAUAGUGAUUGUGAUUUGAAAUAAAAUAAAUAACCAACAAAAAAAGUCAAAACUACAAAAGUAAAAGACGCAAGUUAACAAUAAUAUGGCUGACUCAGGGGAAAAGUAAGUCUUAGGCCUCGGCUUUGUUUGACUUAGAUUCUGGUUUGUUAUGAGUAUUACAUUAGUCAUUAGUAAUUAGACUAGUAGUAAGUAUUAAAGACUCUAAACUCACUAAUCAGUCUAGUCUAAUCUGUAGUCUGUAGUGACUGUAACUGUAGCUUUUAAAUUAAAAUAUGAUGUGAGUGGAGUAUCAAUGACCUUAUCUUAUCAUUAUGAAUGCUUAGUUAGGCCUAAACUUAAACUUAUCCUAUGCCUAUGGCUAUGGCCUAUGGUUUAAAACUAUGUCAGGGUAUACUACUAUUAUACUACCAUACUGUCUAUACUGUACUAUACUGACUAUUCUAUUAUUAUUAUAACUAUUGGUGACAUGAGAAUAGCAUUUAGUCUUAAGGAACCCCGGUCUGAAUAGGGUCAAUGCAUACCGGUUAGAUUAAAUAAUAAAUGCUAUUCGGAUGUCAUUUGUGGUAGUUUAUUUUAGUUAAACUGAAGAAGUUAACAAACAUAUAGCCCAUUCAAUUAUCUUUCAUUUGAUACGAAAUUUUGUCUAAAAAACCCUACAAUAAUAUUUUAAAUAUUUUUUUUAUAAACCCAACCUCUCACUUCUGAUACCCGGGUCCGAAUAGUUGCUGCCUUGUUUAAAGGCCGGCAUAUAUUACAGAAAAUAAGAAGUUAUCUUUUUUUUAACACUUGGACCCACCGGGUAUUUUCUUUGUGUAAAAAAAGCGCCCCCGUCAAGCCCUAGUAUUAUUAUGUUACACUAACCUUAACAUAGCUACCUACAGUUACUAAUGUAACUAAUAAACUAAUUAAAGUUUGGUUAUUUCAGAGAAAAUGUGAGAUAUUAUAUUUUUCAAUGUAGUGGCUGCGUCCACUGCGGAGGUGUACCUAGUAAGGUCUGCCUACAUCAUGGUGGUUUAACUAGCAAAACCAUGGGUACACCAUGGCAAAAAUUUACCAUUGGCCUCGUCUUAAGAGAUGGCUGUUAGAUAUGAUCUUUGUGGUCUUGUGGUAGAGUAAAUGCUAGGCCUAGGUGAUAUCCAGUAUCAUAUUUUGUGAUCAAUUCCCAGAUGCUAAUUGAAUUUUACUAGGCCUAAGCUUAAACUUAAACCUUUUUUUUUCCAGCUUAAUUAAAGAUAAACUUUAUAAUUAAAUUAUUAUGUUCAUUUGUAUCAGUAGUGGUAUUAUUUAAAAUAAAAUAUUUUGUAUCAAUUUAAAUAUUAAAUAUAUACAUUAUAAAAAAUGAUUAAGUGUUUAAACUGGAACAAGAUGUGCCGGCCUUAAUACUUUUGAUCAUAAGCCAUCAAACUGGGUUAAGAUACGCCAUACCUACAUCUCCCAAAAGUGUUUUAAAGGGAAACCAAUGAUUAUCACAAACUCUUGGGACCAAAGCAAAAGAGGUGCUAUUUGCAGUGAUGUGCUAUUUCCAGGUUCACCCAGUAUGAUGAUCAUGCUCAAUAAUUUGAAAGAUGAAGACUUAAAAAAAUCAGGGAAUAUAAGAUUUAAGAAGAAGUGAGAAAACAAACAGAAAGUGCAUGUACAAUGUUUGUGACGGCUACCGGAAAUUUGUUACAAAGAAAUUUCAUCGACGCAAAAUUGAUAGACGGAAAUUUGAUCGAACAGAAAUUUGGUAGAAUCUUUUUUUCAGUUCACACAUUAAAAUUUGCGUCAGAUUUCUUUUUGAACGCACUAUACUAUAUAGUAAAAUAAAAUAAUGUGUUGAGAAAGAAAUUUGACGCAAAAUUUUAACGUGGGAACUGAAAAAAAGAUUCGACCAAAUUUCCAUUCUAUCAAUUUUCCCUAGAUGAAUUUUCUUUCAAACAAGUUUUCGGAUACGGUAUGUGACAUGUUGUUGUUCGUCCGUCAUAAUCGACAACGACCAUCUAGUUAGCCGAUUGUCUAAAGUUGCUUUUUCGGGCUAGCUGUCACUAUCCUUCUGGCUUCAUGAGAUUGAGCCCACUUCUUGCAGCUGAUCUCCACUCUGCUCUGUCCUGGGCUGUCUGCUCCCAUUCAAUAGGGUUAAUUGUGAAAGCGCUUCCCUAGCAUGAGUUCACCCAAGAAUAGCUCUUUAGGGAGUCGGUUGUCUUCCAUACGGAUGUGUCCCAUCCACCAGAGUUGAGACUGCAUCAGGGUGGUGAAGAUGGUAGGUAGGUUUGCUCUAGCAAGGACCUAUGUGUCAUGCACUUUGUCUUGCCACAUGAUGCCGAGGAGUUUCCUGAGGCAGGUUGUGUGAAAGUGGGGGAACACAUGGUGAUCCUAGGAGCAGUUUGUCCGCCUUGGUCCUCUCCUGUCACUCAACUCUCAUGUGACAUGUAUUAUAACCACAAAACAAUUUUGAAUUUUAAGCAAGAUUUUGUUUUAUUUAAAGAUUCUUCAUACAGUUGAUAAUUUGCAUUAUACUUUUACAUGUAAAUAUAGCCAUGAUGUAACCUAAAGCUUUUCACGAAUCUGUUAUGAACAUCCAAACACAGUACCAGUAUAUGAAUAUUAGAUGCAUGGUCGCCAUUUCAACCAUCGUUCUUUCUCUAUGUGUUUCCAAAAUUUAAAAACAAUAUCCACGGUUCACUCUCAGCCCUCUGUCUUGUAGCAAAUCUUUUGAAAAAACAUCAUGAUUUUAGAAACACACAGCAUGGCGGAUGUAGUUAUGGCCAUUUUUUAAACUAAAUUUCUUAGGCUCCCUACUUACUAAGUACAUUUUUAACUAAUUAAUGUAAUUGACUUUAUAAUCUUCUUUUAAUUUAUUAGUUUAUUAAGCUAAAUUUUAUAAUUAUAGGCCUACUAAAUAAAUAAGCAUAUGGCAAAAUCCAUCUUUAGCAUUAAAACUGCAUUAUACUGGAGAUUUUGAAAAGCUAAGCAGCCUAAUCCCACAUUUCACCAACUUGAUGAUCGAGAUUCAUCCACGCUUACCUUGACCUUGGCCAACUGGUUAGUAAAGUGCACCCACUUUCACAUUAUUUAAUGUUAGCCUAUAUUAUAUAUACACCCCCAAAAUAAUGCAGAUAUACCACUGCGACAUAAUAAUAAUAAAGCUUAUUUGAAUAUUACGCUUCAUCCCAAAAGGCUCGAAGUGCAGUACAAAGUCAUCCAUAUUAAAAAAGAAAUGAAAAAAUCUAUAUUUUACCACAUUGAAAUACAAAACGCAACAUUACAAAAACUAAAUACGAGACUACCCAUUCUAAGUCUUUCAUCCCUUACAACCAUAAACAACACAGGCCACUUUACAUCUAGGAGGUAAUAGCUAGCUGGAAAAGAUGAUAGAAAAUUUCACCCCAAUAGAUGUUUGCGAAAUAGAUAUGUUUCCAAAUCGGUUUUGAAAGACUUCAGUGUCACUAUGUUAAAAUAAAUAUUCUACUAUUAUCUGUGGGAUUCUUUUAAAAAAAGAUUGUGACUGUCUCUAAUCUUUCUAAUAAUCUUGAGCUGAAUUCCCACACAGUAAAUGUCUUAAGUCUUUCAUUUAUUUAUUUCUCUACUUAUGGGUACCAAGUCAGAGUCUAAAAAAAACAAAUUAAAAAAUUCUUUGAAACAAAAGAGAUUUGUUAAUAUUUGAAAAUAGGUUAAUUAAUUCCAUUACCAACAUAUUUAACAAUAAUUUGUUAUUUAAAAUGUUAUUUUCAUUAAUUUUCAGUGCCAUUGAAACUGAGUUGGAAACUUUGGAGGCAAUUUAUAUUCAUGAGCUGACUUGUACCAGGAAAGAAGAGUAAGUGCCAAUUUUUGGGUUCAAGUCGACACUGAUGAAACUUUAAACAUUUUUUUUGUGUGGAUACUUGCUGGUCUUCAAAAUAAAGAAAGGUGCACUACAAAAUAGUUUGGGAUCACUGUUGUAGAUUAUUAUUACUUCACCACUUUAAUUCACUCUAUAAUGAAAAUAAUUUGAGCCAUUGAAACGAACAAAAAAACCCCUCAAAUUAAACAUUAUGAUAAUUUUUUUGCCUCUAAAAUUUAAUAAAUAUUUAGAACUGGUCCACAAGUUGCAGUCCUGUUCUAUUCUUACAAAAACAUACUUAUCAUUGUAGCAUAAAAACUCUCCAGGGGAAAUCAUAAGGGUUUGUUUUAUAACAACUAGAGUCUUACAUCUUAUCUUACAUGGCACCUUUUACUUUUUUUAUAUGAAGAAUGACAUGCCAUUCCUUUGGGAAUAAGGGAAGAUUCAGUAAUACUCCGGGAGCAACUGAGCCACAAAACUGAAUGACAUUUUCUCACCCAUCACUUUGUCUUAACAUAAAUUGUUCCUAGUGAGGAAUCUGAAGGUGUUAGUUAUAUCUUGCAACUCCCCCAAAAAUGAGUAUCCAUAUAUGUAUGUAGCCACCAGAGAUUUUAAACAUUUUUUUAAUUGUUUAAUGAUGCUCACAACAUCACAUCCUCGUAUUGAUGUAACAAUGGUUCUCAGCACCAUUUUCAAUAAAGCUCAUGUUUUUGACUGAUCACUUAUGUUUUUCUUAUUUUCCCAGUGGUACUGUUGAUAAAAUUUCAGCGUUGCUUCAUCCUGCCACUGGUCAUGAUACUAGAAAACAGUAUGUUUGCAUGACACUUGUCUUUAGCCCAGGUCCCAACGUGAGUACCCAUCAGUGGUUUUUGUGUAGCACUAAUCAGAAUGUCCAACCGUAUGCCAAGAAUGAAUAUGUGCAAUGGGAUCCAAACAUAUUACCCAUUAAUUUGGAUCAAUAAAAGAAUCAUAUGUUAUCUGUUUGGAUUAUUUGUGGAGCUUCAAGUACGUGUUUCGCAUCAGUGUUGCGCUCAGAGUGAAUGGAAAGAAUACAGUUUACAUGGGUUUCCUUUAUAAGUUGUUGUUUUGCUCCUUCUUUUUAUCAAGGUGUUUUUAGUCAAUAUGUGAGGCAUAUUUAUACAAAGUAAAUAAUAUGAAACCAUCAGCCAUGUUCACCAAUUUUUUCCAGUGAAAAUAACUGAAAUGUUUUACAAACCAGUAACUUAAUUUCAGAACCUCUUCUCAGGCUGGGAGGGACAAUAUUACAUGUCACAAUGUCAACUUAUUUUUUUCAGUAUCCAGAUGAGGCUCCGGAGAUUCAAAUUUGUAAUCCACGAGGACUUGGUGAGGAAGAGAUGGUCAGGUACUAAACAAGCUAGAAGUAAUUUGGCUUCAGCUAGAUAAACACAGAUCAAAUGUAUGUUUGUUUUCGAUAUAAUUGUGCUUUGUAUCCCUUCUGUUCAUAUCAACUUUUUUUUUAGAGAUUGAAAAAACCCAACCCUAAUUAGACAAAUUAAAGAGAACCUUUUCAAGCAUUAAACUUGUGUAUCUCUCUCUCUCUCUUAUCUCUCUUUGUCUCUUCUAUCUUUCUCAUCUUUUCUCCUCCCUUCACCAGAUCUGAAAAUACGUAGUCCACCAAUCUAACUUGUCUUGUAGUUUUAUCUUGUUUUUUUGUUGGUUUUUUUACAGUCUUUUGGAAGCCUUGACGGCCAAGGCUGAAGAAAUCAAGGGGGAGGUCAUGCUGUACACAUUGAUAGAGGUAAUCUUUUCCUUCUCAUUUCAAGGGUGCUCUCAGUCUCAUUUACAUUGUUUCCCAUUAAUGUCAGGAGCUAAACUUAACGUUGUCUUGGGGGCUGUGGGUGCACAAAACCAAACGAUUAUUUGUGUGAACUCUUCUGUCUGUGAGGCAUUGUUUGGGGAAAAAUAAUCAUAUGAUGCUAAUUUUGGAUAAAUUUAUAUAUAUUUUAGUUGCUUUAUUUGUUUAUGCCAGAUUAUCAGACGUACCAAACUCAAAUCUUUUGUUAAAGUAAUCACUUUUAAUUUUGUAGUAAAUGUACUGGUUACAGCUAAUGACUAACCCGGACAAAUGUCCAGAAGUCAGUACUGUACUGGUUACAACUAACGACUAACUAGGACAAAUGUCCAGAAGUCAGUACUGUACUGGUUACAACUAAUGACUAACUAGGACAAAUGUCCAGAAGACAGUACUGUACUGGUUACAACUAACGACUAACUAGGACAAAUGUCCAGAAGACAGUACUGUACUGGUUACAACUGACGAUUAAACAGGACAAAUGUCCAGAAGACAGUACUGUACUGGUUACAACUAACGACUAACCCGGACAAAUGUCCAGAAGACAGUACUGUACUGGUUACAACUAACGACUAACCCGGACAAAUCUCCAGAAGACAGUACUGUACUGGUUACAACUGACGAUUAAACAGGACAAAUGUCCAGAAGCCAGUACUGUACUGGUAAAACAGAAGGAAUGGUCACCUUAUUUAAAGGUGAUUGGACAUUUUGGUUAGUUGCCAGUAGUUUUUUCUGACUCAUAACACCACUGUCAUAAUUACUGUCUUCUAAUAAUAGUGUCAUAAUUUCUGUCUUCUAAUAAUAGUGUCAUAAUUACUGUCUUCUAAUAAUAGUGUCAUAAUUACUGUCUUCUAAUAAUAGUGUCAUAAUUACUGUCUUCUAAUAAUAGUGUCAUAAUUACUGUCUUCUAAUAAUAGUGUCAUAAUUACUGUCUUCUAAUAAGUGUCAUAAUUACUGUCUUCUUAUAAUAGUGUCAUAAUUACUGUCUCAUAUUGGUGCUUUGUCCAUCAGAUGGCCAAAGACAGCCUCACUGAUGGCAAUAUACCUCGCUGCCCUUGCUGCGUCUGCCUCGAGCACUUUGAUGAGAAGGACCUCUUCCACCGUACGGCGUGCUACCAUUAUUUCCAUGCAGGCUGCCUGCACAAGUACGUACAGCACACACAGGCUCAGCUGGAGGAGGAGAAGAAGGAAGUCUCGGAGAGCAGACACUUGGAUGGCAAUUCGAAGAAAGCAAGUAGUCAUGAUAAACUCUCCUACCUCCUACAAGUGCUUAUUUUCAUGGUUCCCAAAAUGAGAUAUUAAAUUCUGUGUAGAUUUUUUUGCCAAAUGCUUUUACAUCUAGAACGCAUAAAUAAUUCACGCCCAAUCUAAUAAAAAAACAUAAGUUACUUUUUCGGAGUGGGCAUUUCUAAAAACUGUGAUAUCCCUGUAACUUGAGAGGUGGCAGAGUUACAAAUGGCAAAUAAUAACGAUUUAAGGAUUUAAAAUCAUCUAAAAAUAACUGUUUUUAUUUCACAUUUUGAAUCUGCUUAGUCUAACACUAUAUAAUUUUUCAUUUACAUAAAUUGAGAUCUGGUUAAUUGCAAUAACGACUGAAGCAAGAUUAUUAUAAUUUUUUUAAGUUGUUGAAAUGAGUUUGGAAUUAUUGAUAUAGUCACAGAUCUUAAGUGAGGGCCAAUAUUUUAUUUUUAUUAUUAUAUACGUUGUUAUUAAAUAACAAACACACUCCUCGUACCCAUAGCUAAAGCUUCAAUGACCAGACCCUUAACUUGGUAUGUUUUGUAUGGCUGUCACCAGGAACGAGGCAUUGCAUGUCCCAUGUGUCGAAGCCCACUGGUCGAAGAGGAUUUGCAGGUUGUGAUGUCGGGUAAAGUGGAGGAUGACUAUGAAAAACUGGAUGUAUUUGUCGUGCCGCCCGAGCUCAGGGAGCAGCAGCGCAAGAUGGCAGAGGUCUACCAACGGCAGAAAGCAAAAGGGGGAAUAAUCGACCCAGAAAUGGAAAAGAAUAAAUUCCUAGUGAAUCAAGUGAGUUAUGAUCAGUCUGUUUUUUCUUGUAUGUAAUGGAUUUUUAUAGAUUUAAAAAAAACAACACAUCAUGUUUAUGAAUUUUACAAGGUGCUACAUCCUUAUAUAAAGAAACUUUGAUGAUUUUUAGAAACAUUUCUUUAUUGUAUUUGAACACUGGUAUUGAUCACAGUGAUGAUGUGCUGAACACUGAUAUUGAUCACAUUGAUUAUGUGCUGAACACUGAUAUUGAUCACAGUGAUGAUGUGCUGCACACCGAUAUUGAUCACAUUGAUGAUGUGCUGAACACUGAUAUUGAUCACAGUGAUUAUGUGCUGAACACUGAUAUUGAUCACAUUGAUUAUGUGCUGAACACUGAUAUUGAUCACAGUGAUGAUGUGCUGCACACCGAUAUUGAUCACAUUGAUGAUGUGCUGAACACUGAUAUUGAUCACAGUGAUUAUGUGCUGAACACUGAUAUUGAUCACAUUGAUUAUGUGCUGAACACCGAUAUUGAUCACAUUGAUGAUGUGCUGAACACAGAUAUUGAUCACAGUGAUUAUGUGCUGAACACUGAUAUUAUUCACAGUGAUGAUGUGCUGAACACCGAUAUUGAUCACAUUGAUUAUGUGCUGAACACUGAUAUUGAUCACAUUGAUUAUGUGCUGAACACUGAUAUUGAUCACAGUGAUGAUGUGCUGAACACUGAUAUUGAUCAAAUUGAUUAUGUGCUGAACACUGAUAUUGAUCACAGUGAUGAUGUGCUGAACACUGAUAUUGAUCACAGUGAUGAUGUGCUGAACACUGAUAUUGAUCACAUUGAUUAUGUGCUGAACACAGAUAUUGAUCACAGUGAUGAUGUGCUGAACACUUAUAUUGAUCACAGUGAUGAUGUGCUGAACACAGAUAUUGAUCACAGUGAUUAUGUGCUGCACACCGAUAUUGAUCACAUUGAUUAUGUGCUGAACACUGAUAUUUAUCACAGUGAUAGUGUGUUGAACAUUGAUAUUGUCAGUAAAUUAAUGUAAAUAUCUCUAUGCAACUAAGAAGUGACUUACAUCGUACCAUUUCUAUGAUAUUAUAAGCUUAAAUUAUUAUUAUUCAAUGCAUACAAAGAUGCCCCAUCUUUACUUUUGCAGGAGGAAAGAUUACCAGUUCCUAACCCUGAGACCUCACGCCCUGUCGAAUCAGUUGUCAGACCGCAUCACGUAUUGGACGCAAAGGGAAGAAAGGAAGGGAAAAUAGAAGGCAGAAGGGAUGACAGGGGCAACAACAGAGGCCGAAGCAGAGGUAGACACCAUAAUGAGUUUCGUGGAGGUUCUUUCGGCAAGAAACAACGAAAGGUGCAUUCAGGUCAAGCACACCCAAGAGAAGACUUGGUCAAUAGAGUUAGGAACGACUUGAUCAAUAAAGUCAGAGAAGACUUGGUCAAUAAGGUUAGAGAAGAUGUUACAGACAAGGCCCAACAAGAUGGAAUACAUAGUAGAAGUGAGGAACGUGCUGGUGUCAGGACUGUGGGACUAGAGAGGCUUUCUGACAACAUUGAAGGAACUAGCGGAGUGGGACUGAAGGCCAUUCGGGAGCCAGGGAGGUCACGUGAUGGAGUCUACCAAGGGGGUAGAGGAGGGCAUCGAGGUGAACAUGAGGUAGAUGGACUAGGUGGAGGAAGAAGAGAAGAGUAUAGAGGUAGGGAUGGAAGGAGGGAUUACGGCACUGAAGGGACAAGUGAAGAUGAGAGAGAUAGGAGAGAAGACGAUAGGGAUAGGAGAGAACAUGAGAGAGACAGGAGAGAAGACGAUAGGGAUAGGAGAGAACAUGAGAGAGAUAGGAGAGAAUGGCUAGCGAGUGAAGGAAGGCAAACAGAAGAGUCAAGUUGUAACACUCCGCGUGGUGUUGCCGAAACUACACAUGAAAAGACAAACUUGAAGGGAAACUUAGAGGACUUCAACCCUCAUUGUGAUAAUGGACAGAGCUGGAGAGACCGUAGACCUGAGCACAGGAACAGCUACCUGCACGAGCAGGAUGAUGGGUUUGGGCCCAGUAAGAGUGCCCACGAUGGGAGGGCCAGUAGCGGAAGACUACAGUUCAGGGACAAUAUCAGCAAAGGAAGAGAGAAAGAUGGAACAGCAGAGAGUAAGCCAAAAGACUUUGUGAUGGAUAAAAGAGAUGGACGUGCGUUAGGAGAUGAAAAUUCUGUCAAAGACACUGAUGUUGCUCAAACGGAAAUUCAAAAUGUUUCAAUCCCUUCAGAAAGCAAGACUUUGGUACACAGCAGAUCAGUUAAAGGGCCGGAUAACGUCAGAAGUGAUAAGCCUAAGUUUGCCAGGGGUGAACCUGUGUCUCGUAGGACCUACGGGCAAAGGCAAGCCACAGAUGGCUACAAAUGUGAUCGUGAUGUGAGGCCAGGUCCCCACUGUGAUAAAAGAGAUGAUGAAAGUAAGCCCGAUGAGGAUGGCAAGACCUCCGGGGCUGGGGGCAGGGAUAGAAAGCAUCAUGGUGCCAGCGGAAGAGCCGGCUACCCUGGAGGUGCCCACUAUAGGCAAGAAGGUUAUCGCCACCAGCAGUACACUAACCACCAGCACCAUGAGCAUUGGAGGCACCAGGACAGGCGCGGGUAUGUACGCAAUAGGCCUGACCGAGGUGAUGAUAGGCGGACCCUGCAGAACGAUGCAACAGGUACAGGUAGAAAUGUAGACAAGGGGCAGACUCAGACAGCCCCAAGCGGAGAGAACUCCAUCCCAGCCGAUCCUCAAGAUGAUGGGAAGGCUGACUUACGGGUCAGAGAAAUAAACAACAGGUGGAGGCAGUUAAACUUUGGACGGUCAUUUGAUGACGGGAAUCAUGGUCCUAAUGCUAAUGUAAGUUUGGGAACAGAUGAUGACGAUAGUAAUGACGUAAGAUUGGAAUGCAAUGGGGCAACUGGCCAACAAUCAGAUGACCUUGACUUAUAUUACAUUGGGUACAGGGACAUGAUCACUCAAGCAGAGAGCUGGGAAGAUGAAAUUGAUCCUUUUGCGACCGAAAGGUUGAGAUUCAAGGCCUCUAAGCGGGCCGAGUACGAUCAGAUGAGGACGGAAGAUCGCAAGCUGUACAAGGCCCGUUUAGAGGAGAGGGUGGCCAUGGAGAAUAGUGUUUUGGAGGAGGAGAAGAGGAUGGUGAAGGAGGAAACUCAAAGACAGGAGAGUUGUGAGGAAAAAUGGAAAGGAAAAGACCCAGAGAAAUCUGUCUUAGAAUUGUUCAAGGAAAGACAAAACAAAAAACAGCUUCCAGAGACGUCUGCGCAGAAAAGCACUGGUGAGGGAAGGGUGGUGGGUGACCUGACCUUGUCUGUUAAAGAUACGGAGCCACGUCCCACGCAGGGUCUUCAUUCAGCUGAGACACCAUGUCAAGAGAAGCAGAGCUACAUCAACACAGAUAUUUCACAAAUAGAAUGGUUUGGUAAAGGCAAAGAUCAGCAACAGAAAGCCGGGAAGUCCCUCCCUGUAAGAGACAAGUAUCAACAGGAGCAAGUUGGGAGGUACCAUGAUGUUAGGGACAGUAAUGAGGACCAAGCAGGGAAGUCCCAUGAUACUAGGGACAGUAAUCAGGAAUUGAGAAAUGGAUUGCAGAGUGUAGAGUUGACUCCUGCAGAUAUAAAAAACUCUUCUACUACUGCCACUACCAACGAAACUUAUCAAGGGGGUGAUGAAAAAAUCAAGGGAGGUAAAGCCAAUAACGGUGAAAUCAAGGCAGAGAACUCUGAUGGUGUUUCGGUUGGAGUGGAAGCCACGAAUUCAAAGCAGAAACAUUUCAUAAAACCACCGCCCUUAAAAUUUUCCAAAAAAUUGAAGAAUGAAACUUCUUUGGACAGUAAAAGAUGUCUUGAAACGAACCCUUUACCAGCCACCACCCUGUUGACCACCCCUUUGUCAACUACCCCACUGCCAGCCACCACCCUGUCAACUACCCCACUGCCUGCCACCACCCUAUCAACUACCCCACUGCCAGCCACCACCCUAUCAACUACCCCACUGCCUGCCACCACCCUGUCAACCACCCCACUGCCAGCCACCACCCUGUCAACCACCUCGCUGCCAGCCACCACCCUGUCAACUACCCCACUGCCAGCCACCACCCUCUCAACAACCCUGUUGUCAAAUGACCCCAGAUCAGCUAGGGCUGAAUCAGUUGUGACAGAAGCACCUCAGCUAAUCCAAGCAAUAGAGUAUGCUAGAAUAAAACACUUUUCGCAGCUUGACUUGGCUCUAGGUCAAAUGAUGGCUCUAAAUCAUGUGAUGGCUCUAGGGCACGUGACGCAUGCUCCAUCACACUCUGUUCCCUUUGCUCCAUCCAAGCCGGCCCAGGUCAAAAAGCUGCCAAAGAUAGCUCCCCUUAGUUUUAAAAAGAAAACCAACAGGAGCAACAGCGGAGAUGCCACGGGCCAGCCCUUCACUCAAAUUGCUGACGUCACAAAUAAGAGAAGGAGGGCUCACCAGUGCCUGGACAAGGCACAAGAUCACGGAGACUCACCCAGCUCAAACCAUCUCAUGUCUCACACAGCCAGAUGUUUCAACGGGAUUCAUCAGAAUGGUUCAGGAUUAAACAUGGACACAUUGUCCAAGAAUGCUGCAGCAGACACGGACAGCCUUAAAGAAAACCUUUGCUCAUUUCAAAAUUCAUAGUUGCCAUUAGAAAUAAAACAAAAAUUGUUGUGUGCCCCAGCGAAACUUCACUUAUGUGGCAACUUUUCAGGGAAUAAAGUCAUGGGUACAGAUGUAUGGUUUGUGAAGUCACCUGUAUGAAUUAAUUGUGAACUAUUCGCUACUGACCC